CCCUUGACCUUUGAAAAAACUCCUUCUCGUCAGUGUUGUGCCGACAGUAUGCGAGCAGGUUACAUGGAGCUCCUUUUUCUUUUGUUGUGGGGCAUGCUCAGCUACAGAGAGGCGGCAACUGGACAUGGAAAUGGGAAGUGCCGUGCCCCAGACUACAUUAAGUUUGCUGAGAUUACCAUUGACAAGGUCAUGGUGCGCAGCAAGGCACGAUAUGUGUGCAAACCUGGCUAUCAAAGGAUAGUUGGAGAGUCUGAUCUUAUUGUCUGUAAAAAUGAUUCUGGGCUCAUUCACUGGACCACGAAAACUUCUGUAUGUAAACGGGACACCAGUGCUAUUUCACAGCAGUCAGAAAGAAAACCACAGAACAGUGCACCUGAGAAUCCAGUCACCAUAGUGCCGUCUGACACAGCAGGUUACUGUGGGAUGCCCAUGCCCAUGGAAUAUGCCACAGCUAAGGUGACAGAGUAUGCUGUGGGUCAGGAACUGCAUUACAAGUGUCUGAGCGGUUAUGAUGCUCGACCCCCGACCUCUGGUAUCAGGACAUGUAAGGAAGAAAGUGGGAAAAUCUUCUGGACAAGUCUACGUCUGCAGUGCACUAAUGACAGCAAGAGUGUAGAAGAGACGACUCAAUCGAUUCCAAUAAUAGGGAAGUGCCAUGCCCCAGACUACAUUGAGUUUGCUGAGAUUACCAUUGACAAGGUCAUGGUGGGCAGCAAGGCGCAAUAUGAGUGCAAACCUGGCUAUCAAAGGAUAGUUGGAGAGUCUGAUUUUAUUGUCUGUAAAAAUGAUUCUGAGUUCAUUCACUGGACCAUGAGAACUACUAUAUGUAAACGGGACGCCGGUGCUAUUUCACAGCAGUCAGAAAGAAAACCACAGAACAGUACACCGGAGAAUCCAGUCACCAUAGUGCCGUCUGACACAGCAGGUUACUGUGGGAUGCCCAUGCCCGUGGAAUAUGCCACAGCUAAGGUGACAGAGUAUGCUGUGGGUCAGGAACUGCAUUACAAGUGUCUGAGCGGUUAUGAUACUCGACCCCCAACCUCUGGUAUCAGGACAUGUAAGGAAGAAAAUGGGAAAAUCUUCUGGACAAGUCUACAUCUGCAAUGCACUAAUGACAGCAGGGAUUUGAUUCUUGAUGUCUUCUCAAAAGUUGCUGUCACUGUCUUACUGAUCGUUUUAAUCAUUUUGGGGUGGAUCGUUGUACAGAAGCUAUGGAAAGAGAGGUGUUUUGCAGAAGACGUAAAGAUUGAAAAGACAAAGAACAUUGCAACAGCAGCAGCAAGAGCAGAAAUGGGGAGCAAGGAAGAAGCUCAAAGACUGGAAUCCAAUAUGUAAGGAAGAAACAGAUGUUUAAUGCUCAAACUGGAUUGCAGUGGGACAGACUGGCUCUUGCCCAGAACCAAGAUAUCUGAGCUCUCAGUGCUAGGAAAAGAAAUAUAGCAUAUUGAAUAUUUGUUAUUAACUGCUGCCCCACCCCCCUGUGAGCCCAAAAUGGUGCCCUUAAAGUAUAUUAGAGAUUGAAUUCAAUAUUAGGAAAAAUGGGGAUGAAAGCAAAGAUGCAACAAUGAAGAUCCCUAAAAGAAACACUGAUACAGUGACUUGUCAUUGAGGCAUGAAGCCCAGACCCCAGCUAGGACACGGUGGCCAAAGACUAAUAGGAAAGUAACCCCCCAGUGCUAAGACCUGAUCUUGAUGACUGGUUUUGGCUGCCGCAGUGAAGGGAAGGUGCUCAGGACCUUCAACUUGUAGGCUCUUCCAAGCCCUUAGGGAGGUCAGCUGAGGGACCCCUCAAUGUCAAACUUGAAGAAGCAGAAUCGCAGAUGAUAGAUGAUGGGAGUGAACAGUGGGGAGUGACUCCUCUCUCCUUCUCUGACAGGUACAGAGAGAUGAUCCUCUGCCACGGUUGACAGAGAACCUGCACUUCUCUGCUGCCUCUAGGCUGACAGCAGCCAGCUGACGUUGCUCACAGCCCUUUAAAGAUUCCUUGGCAGGAAUCUGAGGUGGAGCAAAAGGGGCCUGUGGGGUGCAGGGGAGCACCCCCAUUUAGUAAUUAAUAUUUUGGUGAGGGCACAGGACAUCUCCUGAG